CGGGCCCGCUCGCGCCGCCCGUCCCCGCGCGCCGCUCUGUCCCUCCCUGGCCGUGUCUCUAUGGUGCGGGGCUGCGCGGUCACGUGGCGCGGGCCGGGCGGAAGCGGCGGGAGCGGCGGUUAAAUGAAGCGGGGCCGGAGGGGCGGCGGGGCCGCUGAGUGCCGGGGUGACCCCUCCGUCCCGCGGAGCCGUGUGGGAGCACUCGGUGCUGUUGGGACAUCUCGACGUUUCAGGUAUCUGCUGUGGGAGCUGCUGCAGGAAAGAAACCCCAAACACAGCUGUCCUCGGAGCUGAGGGAUCAGUUUCCUCAUGUGAGCCUGACUGCCAUGCUGGGGCAUUGACACUCUGGGGUGCAGCUGUUUAAAAUGGCAGAGAGAGGUGGGAAUGAAGAAGUGAUUAACCUGAACAGCUUCAGCAAUCACAGAGGGAAAGACUGGAUAAACCACAGAGAUGAAAAUCUUAUCACAAUAUCAGAUUCCUCAGAUGAAGAUUUGCCUUUGUUGCUGGAGAUGCCAGAAAAGCAGCAGACUGAGGAAGAUGAUGAUGAUGACAUUGUCAUCUUAGCAGAGACCCCAAAGCAUCAGCAGCCUCUGCGUGCCAAUGUCAUCAGACCUGCUGCUCCAUGGCAGGGUGCAGACACUGUGGGAGAAGGAGGAUCCAAAAGUGCUGGGGAGCCUUUGAGCACAGACCUGCAGCAUUCAGCUCUGCCCUGUGAGGGAGAUGGGAGCAACCUCGUGGUGGAGAGCAAUGCUGGACCAAGCAGGGGGGAGAGUGUGGAUGUUGCCCUGCAGCAGCCAGGACCAUCUAAGCUGAAUGGCCCCAGAUCUGAACUUACAGGUAGCCAGGAGCCUGGCCCAAUUUUGCUGCCACUGAUCAAGGUGCAUCCAGAGCCUGCUGAUAACACAAAAAUCAUUAAUCUGGAGAAUGCAGACCUUCCACCUCAGCAGGAGGAAAGGAUGGAAGCUCGGGAAUGGCGAGGAAAGAACUUGGAGCCAGAGCAGAAACUUGAAGGAAUGGCUGCUAAAACUACCCCGGAGCAGGGGGGGAUGCAGGAGCAGGGCCAGCUGGAGCCCCGGCACUUCCCCCCGCAGGAAGAGGAGCCCCGGGCCGUGGCGAACGGCCGCGCUCCUCAGCGGGGGCAGCCAGAGGCAAACCCGGCAUCCCUGCAGGCGUACGGAGGGCAGGCUCCAGGGCCCGCCUUCCCCCGGCCCGAGCCGCCCCAGGACGGCAUUCCCGGCCCUGCCUCCCCGCAGCCGGCACAUCCCCCCGAGGAAUCGGCUCAGCCGGCAGGGACCGACAGCAACGAGCAGCCCGGGCCCGCCUUCCCCGCCCAGGGCUCGCAGGAACUCGGCUCGGGGGACGUGCCAGAGCAGGGAGCUGCUGGGCAGGAGCAGGACCUCACUGCACUGCUCAUCAGAGAGACAGAAGCAAGAUUCCCAGAUGUGAAGAAGGAAUAUAUUGAAGAAUUAAUUCUCAUCAAGAACUGUUAUGAUUUAAAUGUACUUUGUAACUUUCUGCUGGAAAACCCAGAUUACCCAAAGAAGGAAGGCAGAGUGGUUUUAAACCCCAGCAGCAGCCUGCUUGCCAGCCAAGAUGAGACAAAGGUGCCUAAAGUGGACUACUUUGACUUUUCCAAACUCGCCCCCCUUGACCAGCGGUGCUUUUUCCAGGCAGCUGAUCUCCUCAUGGCAGACUUCAAAAUGCUGAGCAGCCAGGACAUCAAGUGGGCCCUGCAUGAGCUCAAGGGGCACUAUGCAAUCACACGAAAGGCCUUUUCAGAUGCUAUCAAAAAGUGGCAGGAGCUGUCUCCCGAAACCAGCGGGAAACGAAAAAGGAGGAAAGAAAUGAAUCAAUAUUCCUAUAUAGACUUCAAAUUUGAGCAAGGGGAUGUGAAGAUUGAGAAGCGCAUGUUCUUCCUGGAGAACAAGAGAAGGCACUGGAGGAGCUAUGACAGGCUGUCCCUCCUCCCCCCAGUGCUGCUGGAGCAGGAGUUCUAUGAGCAGAAAGUCAAAGAAAUGGCAGAGCAUGCAGACUUCCUCCUGGCUCUGCAGAUGAACGAGGAGCAGUAUCAGAAGGACGGGCAGAUGAUCGAGUGCCGCUGCUGCUACGGGGAGUUUGCCUUCGAGGAGCUGACUCAGUGUGCAGAUGGUCACUUGUUCUGCAAGGAGUGCCUAAUUAAAUAUGCUCAGGAGGCAGUUUUUGGCUCUGGGAAGUCAGAGCUGAGCUGCAUGGAGGGCAGCUGCACGUGCUCCUUCCCCACCAGUGAGCUGGAGAAGGUGCUCCCAGAGAACAUCCUCUGCAAAUACUACGAGCGCAAGGCCGAGGAGGAGGUGGCUGCUGCCUGUGCAGAUGAGCUCGUCAGGUGUCCCUUCUGUAACUUCCCAGCUCUGCUGGACAGCGAUGUGAAGCGGUUCAGCUGCCCCAAUCCCCGCUGCAGAAAGGAGACGUGUCGGAAGUGCCAGGGGCUGUGGAAGGAGCACAUGAAUCUCACCUGUGAGCAGCUGGCUGAGAAGGAUGACAUCAAAUACAGGACAUCCAUAGAGGAGAAGAUGACAGCUGCCCGCAUUAGGAAGUGCCACAAGUGUGGGACAGGCCUGAUCAAGUCGGAGGGCUGUAACCGCAUGUCGUGCCGCUGCGGCGCCCAGAUGUGCUACCUCUGCCGGGCUGCCAUCAACGGCUACGACCACUUCUGCCAGCACCCCCGCUCCCCUGGGGCACCCUGCCAGGACUGUGCCAAGUGCUCCCUCUGGACAGACCCCACAGAAGAUGAUGAGAAGAUAAUUCAUGAGAUUCAGAAGGAGGCCGAAGAGGAGCAAAGGAAGAAGAAUGGGGAGAACAGCUUCAAGCGCAUCGGCCCUCCCGUGGAGAAGCCCGUGGAGAAGAUCCAGAGGAUGGAGGCCAUCCCCAGGCCGGUGCCCCAGAACUUCCACCAGCCCCGGAUGCCCCCGUACCCCUUUGUGCACCCCCCGUUCCACCUGCCCCCCGUGCGGCCCCUGUACAACAACAUCCCCCUCAACAUCGGCCCCAUCCCCGCCCCCUACGUGCCCCCCCUGCCCAACAUGAGGGUGAACUUUGAUUUCCCCCACAUGAACAUGCAGCUGGAGCACAACCUGCCUAUGCACUUUGGGCCUCAGCCCCGGCACCGCUUCUGACCUGCCCCACAGCACAGGGCAAAGCCACCCCUUCAUGUCCCCCCUCCCCACUCCAUCCCCUCCAGGGUUUAGCCAGCAGCCAGGGGACUCAGUGUCCCUGUGCUGCACCCUCUCUAGGGCUUCUCCAAACCUCUGCAAUCCAACAUUUCAACCUGUGCUGCGACAGGGUUUGGUGCUACAUUUCCCAGGGGUGGAGUUCCCCCCCGAGCUGGGGAUCUCCAGAUGUUUUGUUUUGACAAAGCCUGUUCAGGCAGCUGUUGGGAGGAAGAGUGAGGCUUUGUAGGACACAGGGAUACAGCUGUUCCUUGGGGAAUUUCCAGAAAUCCUGCCUUCCUGCUGGCCAGAGCAGCAAAGUGAGCCUCGGAGGAAGGGAGGAGACACUUGGCAUCUGAGUGAGCAUAAAACCUUCAGGAGUGAGGUAACAGGAGGCAGCUGCCCCAGCCUGCUGCCUGUGCUGAGGCUCAGGGCUGGGGUUCCUGUGUUCUCCAGCAUCCCUGUAUCCUGCUGGCACCUCCCAGCAGAAAUAAAUUGUUUAAAAGCAAGUCAAUGUAGCAUUUUUAGUGUGCCUCACUCUCCAAGCAGAGCCAGGGGCUGCAGCAGCUGUCCCACUGCUCAGGGCUUGGUAGGAAGCCCACAGCCGUGUUCUGUUUGGGGGUGUUAGGAAGUGGCAGGAGAUUUGGGCACCAAAUCUUUGGCUGGACUAAACUUGUUCCUUUGAAGGGCUCAGUUUUCCCCCCUAAAGGUGUGUGCCCCUCAAAUGUGGCCUUUGCUGUGCUGUUCUCAUCUGGCAUCCCAAACCUCCCCCAGCUUCUGGCAGCAGUGCUUGGGCAGCUGUGCAACCACCUGGAGCCAAAGCUGUGCCCUUAUUGCUAAAACUGCCUGGGAGACACCCAGACAGACGUGCAGGCAGUGAUGUGUCCUGUGGAAGGAAAAUUGGGAAUGUUCCCUGGAGCUGCCACGAGCUGGGAGCCCCUGUACCCAAACCCUCACACCCAAUGGGCAGCUGGGGCCUCAUGCUGCAGGAAGCUGGCUGCUUCCACAGCACCAAAUAACUCCUGGAAAUGUGUGUGUCAGCUUAAUUGGCUUUGGAAAAGUGUGUUAAAAGUUAAACCUGAGUAUUGCUGGGCUUGGAAAGUGAGGGAAAAGCAAAACUUCCUUGUGAGAGAUGGGGGAUGCAGUGCUGGGCUGUGGGAGGAGGGUGGCACGAAGCCCUUUCUCCACAUCCCUUGGCUGUGCUGCCUGGUGCAGGCCCCAUCUAGAAAAGAAAAUGGUUGGAGUGGAAAAACCCCUCUUCCCAGGAAUGUUGGGCUGGCUUCUAGCAGCCCAUUUGUGCCGUUGUUCUCCAAACGUUUUGUUCUGGUCUUCAUCCUGUUCUGUCCUGCUGGGAACUCUCUGGGUGCAUCUCCCUUCCUGUCAUUCCCCCCUGUAUUGCAGCACCCAGGUGUUUUUGUGGGUUUCUUUGUUUUUUUUCAGGUGAAAUUCCCUGUCUCCACCUCACAGCUUCUGCCAAAGCCCCAGUGCAGCACAGUGAGCCCUGGGGUGUGCAGGGGGCACAGGGUGUCAGUGGGAUGCUCCUGGCACAGCAUUUGGGGACUGUUCUCCCAGGCUGGAGGAUUUCCCUGCCUCUUGGAGCUGAGUGAUUUUCCCAUUGCCUGUGGAGCUCUCUGGCUCCUCUGUGCCGUGGCCUCUCCAGCAUUAAUAACCAACUGUUCUUCCCUUGCUGCUGGAAUUUUCUAUUUUGAAUUGGUUUAUUCCUGGCAGGAGUGUGGGGGCUGCAGGAGCUCUGUCACUUGCUGCUCAGCUGGGCUUUGACCAGGUUUAAAUCCUGCCUUGCACCACUGAUUCCUGCAGCAGACAGGAGCAGGAAUCCUGUAGGGCUUUGGGAGGGAGAGCUUUGUCACAGCAGCUGCUGAGAAAACACACCCAGGGCAGAGUGGUGCCUUCCCUCGUGCAAAGGGAAUCCUGUUUGCUCAUUAGCUGAGGUUUGUGGGCUCAAGGGCUGGUUUGGAUGAGCCCUCCAGGCUCUCCAAGGCAUUUUUCCCUUCCUGGUGGGUGCAGGAGGGAUCAGGCAGUGGCCCAAAGUAAGAAGGACAUAGGGUGGUCAUCCAGCAAAAAAUGGAGGUGCAGGGAUGUGUGGGCAUGGAGAGCUGAGCCUGGGCAGAGGGAAGGAUGGCUGUGGAGCAGAGGUGGCACAGGGAGGUUGGUGGCUCUGGUCCAUCAGGGUCGCUGCUGCCCUGGUCCUGGCGCAGCCUGGAGGAUCCAGAGGGAAGGGAAGGGGGGGUUCCCUGCCAGAGCCAAGGGGUUCUUUGUGUCCAAGAGGGGAUCAAUCAGUGCCUGGGCUGUGGUGUGCAGGUACACCAUGCCCAGCACACCCAGCACUGCCCCUCUCCCCAAGGAAACACCAUUGCACCAAAACCUUGCAGCCCAAGCACGUGGCUGCUUCUCCCAUCUAACCCAGGAGAUCUCAAGUUGUUUCUGAAUCUGUGUUGAUUUAUUAAAAAAAAAAUAUAUAUAUAAAAAACCCAAAACUUACUGAGCCACCCAAUCCAGCCUUGAGCUGGUUUCUAACUCCUGCAUCCCACUUCCCCUCUUGUCCCACAGUCUUUGGAACUGUUUAAAGGUUUUGAAGGCAAUGAGGAGGUUGCUGUGCCCAGGCUGAUCCCAUAACAGGUACUUCUUACAGCUAAUUGCAGUGUCCCAUUUACUUGCCUUAAAGGUGGAGAGAGAAACUUAGUAUUUGCACUUAGCAAAACGUUGUAUUAAAAGAAAAAAAGACCUGUAAAGAUGUGCAUGUUCUGCAACUUUGUAUAACAAUAGCUGAAAAUAAAUAGGUGGUUUAUUACAAAAAAAAAAGGAGAAAAAAACCAAAAAAUAUUUUUCUUUACAUUCUGGUAGUAAACAGUUCUAAUAUUCUGUGUGUAAAAAGUUCCUGUAUUAUAUUGUAAUUUGAAUUUUUGUAAAUAAAUUUGUGCACUCUG